AUGAGCGGGUCUCGUCUUGUCAGCAACCAAGCGACCAGACGAUUCGUUCAAAUACAAUCUCGACAUGCAUCUUCACUGUCCACGAACACGUUGAGGACCCGGACUUUCCGCAGCUCGAAAGAUUACCCUGCACAUUUACAAGCACUAGCUAUCUUGUUACCCAGACGCGCGUAUGCGACCGAGACGAGUACUCACAGUAGUGACGGGGGACCCCCUCCAGGAUUCAAUAUCAAUGAGGCCAAAAAGCCACUGCCCAAGAAGGAACUCGAAAAAGACCCAGCAGCGCAGUCCUUCACAGCAGCUGAAUUAAGAAAGUCGGACGAACUGACUAGCAUACCACUCGACCAGCCGACCAGCGGCGACAAGACUACUGCACGAGAAGAAUCUACUCUGACCGAGUUGGCAGCCAGUAAGGCUGCAAGUGAAGCCAAAGGAGUUUCAAAGAAGGAAGAGAAGAAAUUGACAAUUGGCCAAAAGAUUAAGAAAGAGUUGCAGCACUAUUGGGAUGGCACAAAACUGCUUGCUACCGAAGUACGAAUUUCCUCGCGUCUGGCUUUGAAGAUGGCUGCUGGCUAUGAAUUGUCUCGUCGAGAGAACCGCCAGUUACAACGAACAGUCCAGGAUCUUGGCCGUCUUGUUCCAUUCUCUGUUUUCGUCAUCGUGCCUUUUGCCGAACUUCUCCUCCCGGUCGCGCUCAAGCUAUUCCCAAAUAUGCUACCUUCCACUUUCGAGGGCCAGAAGUCCAGAGAAAACAAAGCUGCUAGCUUGCGGAGCACGAGGAAGAAAGUAUCUAGCUUUCUGAGAGAUACCCUUCGUGAGACUGGUCUUCCGGUAUCUGCCACAACAGCCAAGAAAGAGGAGUUCAUAGAGUUCUUCCGGAAGGUUCGCAGUACUGGCGACGCCCCAACCAAAGACGACACUAUCAAAGCCUGCCGCAUGUUCAAAGAUGAUCUGACAUUGGACAACUUGAGUCGGCCACAGCUGGUUGGAAUAUGUAAGUACAUGAACCUGAACACUUUCGGUACAGAUGCCAUGCUGCGGUACCAGAUCAGGCAUCGUAUGAGGCAGAUCAAGAGGGACGACAAAGCAAUUUCUUUUGAAGGUGUUGACUCCCUCUCCGUUCCGGAACUACAAAUGGCCUGCGCGUCGAGAGGUUUGAGGACACAUGGUAUGUCACCGGCCAAGCUAAGAGAAGAUCUGCAAAUGUGGCUGGAUUUGAGGCUGAAGUAUAACAUACCAUCUACGUUGCUCGUGCUGUCCAACGCAUACAUGUACACUUCAGGCAAAGAUAAGGAGAUUGACACUCAGAUUGAAGCGCUUCAGGCAGUGCUGUCAUCCAUUCCAGAAGAACUCUUCCACGAGAUCGAGCUUGAAGUGCACAAUGCAGAGGGUGCAGCUACGAACAGACAACGACUAGAGGUUUUGAAAGAGCAGCAGGAGCUCAUCGAAGAAGAGAAUGAGCAGGCAGACGAGCAAAAGGAAGCCUCUGCUUCAAAAGGAGAAGAAGCAAAAGAAGUGAAGGACGACAAGGACAUCGACGAAAAGCCAAAGGCUAAGGCGGCCGACGCUAAAACUCCUGAACCUGAAGCUAAAGAGGCUCAAGAGGCUGAGCAGGACGCUGUAAAGCAGGGGGAAGCUGAAAAGUCAAGAAAAGAGGAGGAGGUCAAGAAGGAAUGA